GGCCAGGCUGGAUGGGGUUUGGAGCAGCCUGGGACAGUGGGAGGUUUUUCCCCACUGUCUCAUCUAACCAUACUCUCUUUCCAUUUCAACUCAUUCCCCCUUGUUCUGUCACUACCCGCUGUUGUAGCUAGAAAGGGGGAAAUUUGCAUUUAAUUUUUUGAAAAUGAAGAAUUUUAUCCAAGCGUUACUGUAAUCCACUACAGAUUUGAAAAGGAUGCUGCUCAGGUUUCACAGCUGAUGUGCAGUACUGUACAUUUACCCUGUGGAGCUGAACGUGUGCUGCUCUAAUCCUGCUUUGACUUGAUCACGACUGAGUUGUGAUUUUACCCAUCUGUUGUGUGCUGUCCCAUGGCAGCUGCCCCAGCAGAGAGCUCCAGCAGCCACGGGAAGGGGCUGGGGUCGAGCCACAGUGACAGCAGCUCUGCCUUGGACUAUUCAGGGGACACCUUUGAGUCCUUCAGCGAGGAGCAGGAGAGUGAAGCACCUGGAUCCUGGUGUUCCACAGAGGAUUUGGAGGGAGCAGCUGUGUCAGAGGCUUUGGAAAGCUCAUCAUCACUGGCAGGCCAGAGUCCUGCAGAGGAGGAGUUUGAAGCAGUGGAUCCUGCAGCUGUGGAAAGAGCUGCCAUUGGAAAAUGGAUUGAUGCCAUGGGAAAACGGAUUGAUCUGAAAAAUAAAGGCACUGGGAUUAGGCCAGACAAAUCUGCCAUCAGAACUCCUGCUGCAGCUGCAGAGCUGUCCCAUGCAGAGCUGGCUGCUCUCAGCUCUUUCUGCAGCAGGAGCUGCAGCAGCAUGCAGCAGGAGCGGGCAGGGACGGGCAGCAGGCUGCAGUGGGGAGGCCCAGCAAGGCACGCUGAGACACCAGAUUCCUGUGCUGUUCCUGCACGCCUGAUCAACAGGAUCCUGCUGGAAAACACCAGGGAGGCUGUCAAACAGGUGACAGAAGCUGAAAUCCACGAGACUUCAACCUGUCCUGACUGCCAGCAGAAGGCAGCAGAGCUGGCCAAGGUUGCCUUUCUCAAGCGAAAAAAGACUCUGCUGGAAGGUGCUUUAAUCCAAGAGAAACUGGAAGAAAAGUUUUACUCCAGGGACAUGCUCACACUUCUAGGAGAAGCACUCAGAAGCUUUCCUAAACCUUCAGAGGAUCCCAGGGAUUUGUGGUAAUGGCUGGAGGGUCAAGAGUGGAAAGACUGAAUGAACCAUAACUCCAGCGGGUGAAGAACUGGGAGAGCCUCCUGUGGGCAGUCAGCUCCAGAAUUCCAAUGAUUUUGGAUCUGAGCUGCUCUGGCAGUGAUGGAUUGGGUGCUGCUUUAAUAUUCCUGCAGGUGGAACCAGAUCUGCCUGGCUGGGGUGUGAGUCAACCCUGCCUCCUUCCUCAGUGCAAAUGUUGCAAUAUAUUGCAAUCCAUCUCCAUAGGUUUCUCAAAUUCCAGAAGCCAACAGUUUCCAUUAUUAAUCUGGCCAGCCAGAAGUAUUGGUUUGUUGUUUUUUUAUUGUGGGACUGCUGUGGGAUUGCAGAGCAGCUCCCAGCUGCUUCCAUCCAUAAGGAAAAUAAAUGACUCCGUUUGCCAGGGCAGGGAGGUGUAAUUACUGCAUUUCAGCUCAGGCUUUGCCUCAUGGUAAAUUGAAAGUGAGAGCCCCAGGUGGACAAAAAGCAAAGUUGACUAUAAAAGGCAGUAGAAUGAAAUGCAGUAUUUAUAGAAGGGAAAUAAUGAGUUUGUAACUGAAAUUAAUCAGCAGGACUGGAGAUGCCAAUGGGAUGAGAAAUGAUAAUAAAUGAAUCGUGGAAUCUAUAUAGGAUAGAGAGAAAAAAAGCAACAGAUUAAAACUGGGCUAAGAAUUGCAAGAAAAUACUUCAGAAUUUGUUGUAAUUUUUCAAGAUGAUGGAAUCACUGUUGUUCAAAGAUUGGAUCUGGGGUUCAGUACACAUCCAAAUAAAAUGGAAUUAUGCUGGGAAUCUUUGGGUUAGACAAUGAAAUCAUCCUCACUGUGGCCUCCAAAGCUGGUGCUGCUUUGUGGUCAAGGCUGACAGCAGGGGCUCAGCCCCCUGCUCCUGCCAUGGCCUGACUCUCUUCAGCCUCCCAUUUCCUGAUUUCUCUGCAUUCCCAUCUCUGUGGAAAUCUUGGAGGGAUAGCCCUAUCUAUGAACCCACACUGUAUUUUUGUGCCAAAGCAGAGAGAAUUAAAUCCCCCUGUUGCAUUUUCUUCCCCCAUUUUGGGCCCUCACUACUGAAGUGGGCUUUGUAUUUCAUGGGGUUGUUUCCCUCCUCGAGCUCUGUGUUGUUUAUCAGAGUCCUUGAGGGCUGUUUAACCUCUUGUUCUCACUUCCCACAAACCAAUGGAAAACCUGGUGGGAAAUGCUGGGAUAUAAACAGAAGUGUUAGCAAAGUUCUGCCUUCUGCUGCCUAAAAAUCUGCUCUGAGUGAUUUCCCUGGGAGUGGAUCCUGAGCAGGUCAAGCACCAGGUGGGAGCCCAGCCCAGCCCUGAGUUACUCAGUGCUGCUUGUCCUUGCAAACAGCUUUAAUUGUCUGUCCAAAAUAUUCCCCCAAAAGCAUCCCCUUUUGAAUUGUCCCUGCAGAGCAUCUGGGUAAUGAAUAAACUCUGCUUGUUCCUUCCUGUU